AUGAGCGACGCCCACAACCCUCAAAACCGCCAACUGAGAGACCUGACAUCCGUAUUAAUGGACCUCGAGGAUCGAGCCGACCAGGUACUGAGAACUCUUUACUUGCUCAAGCAGCUAGAAAACGAAUUUGGAGCUAUCGAGACAGCCGUAGAGCAGCAAGACUAUGUUGAUCUUAUCCGCUCACACACCGAAAAAAUGGAGGCGAACUUGGAGGUCAUGGAGUGGAAGAGCGAGUUGCUAGACGAUGACCGAGUCCGUGACUGGAUAAACAACGGCAGAGAUGACACAGAAACGGAGAACAGAAACGGUUUUUGUUACAGCGGAAAAGGCGCGGGUGUGAAGAUACCGUAA